CCCAGACGCUGCAUUUUCGGCUUCGUCUCCUUCAUUGCAUCAAAAACCCCGAAACGAAACCUAGGGGUUUUUCAUCUUCUAGCUCAGUCUUUGCUCUCUAUUCGCCAUUAACGAUGACGAAGUUCAGAAAGCUUGGUCGACAUACGAAACACCGGAUGUCCAUGCUCAGAACAAUGGUUUCUCAGUUGGUGAAGCACGAACGUAUUGAGACUACUGUUGCUAAGGCUAAAGAAGUUCGGCGGCUUGCUGAUAACAUGGUUCAAUUUGGAAAAGAGGGCACACUUUGUGCUGCAAGGCGUGCUGCUGCAUUUGUAAGAGGCGAUGCUGUCCUUCACAAACUAUUCACAGAAAUGGCUUAUCGAUACAAAGAUAGAGCUGGUGGAUAUACAAGAUUUCUGCGGACUCGUAUACGUGUUGGCGAUGCUGCACCAAUGGCUUACAUAGAAUUUAUCGAUAGAGAAAAUGAGCUCAGACAGUCAAAGCCUCCAAAUCCUCCACCACCGCAGAGGGCUCCAUUGGAUCCAUGGACAAGAUCACGGCUUAGCAAGCAGUUCGCACCACCCAAAGAGAUCAAAUCUGACUCCGAAAUCUGAUACUUCAUGUUCAAUAAGAAGGCCUUUUUCCCCCAGAAGUUCAUCUAGCCACCCCCAUCCAAUUUGUUUUGCAAACUUCAGUUGUAAACCAAAUGAGUAUAGACACUGCUUUUACAUGUAUUAUCUUUACAUGUUUAUGCUUUCCCUCAAACAAAAGGAGUAUUUUUCAGCUCUCAAAGUUCCCCAUUUCUCGAGAAUUCCAUAUACUGUUUUAUCUAUAAAACAUGACAUCGGACCUCAAACUGAUAAAGGCCGAGUCUCUCUCAAGUCUCAUCUCAACUUAUUCAAAAUAUAUAUGCUUUAGGUGAUUUUGGUUGAAUAUAGGUGAGGACCAAGGAUGAUGGUGGAUUGUGCA